GUUCAUGUUUGUGCAAAACUCCACUUUAAGAUUGAUCAUGAUUUUUAAAACGUUUUAAAAAAUAACAAACUGUCCCUGUGUGAAACAAAUGUAUGCAACAAUGAUAAAGAAAUACCCAGACCAUUUACUGAUAAGAAAAAAAAAUCUUCUCCGCUACUUAGAUCCGAAAACUUUCAUAAAACAGUUGGUAAAGGUAUUUCAAUGUGUAAUUUAUUCAUAGUCCUUGUAUUACGUUAAACUACAAGACAUGAAUUGCAUUUUAGUUUAUUUAUUUUAUAUUGGUAUAUUUACAACUGUUAUAACUGCAAAACAAUGUGUGGACACAUAUACUGGUAUACCGUCUAAUUAUCAUGGGUAUAAUCAUGCAUACUGGACCACAUGGGGUCCUUGGAGCUCAUGCGACCAUACUUGCGGUGGUGGAGUAAGAUCCAGAUCCAGAAUUUGUGUACAAAAUUUUUAUUAUGAUAAUGCCGGUUAUAUACAGAGAAAGAAUGGUGAUGAAAAUGAAACAAAUGCAUGCAGCCAAUUUUGUUUGAACCAUGGAGUUUACAGGAAUGGCAAAUGUCAAUGUGCAGCAGGUGUGAAAGGAUAUUGUUGUGAAGUAAAACCGACAUGUCGACCUGAGUGUGAAAACAAUGGAACAUGCAUUGCGGACGAUACCUGUAAAUGUGCUCCAGGAUUUUACGGAAACAGAUGUGAAAUAGCCGGCGAUUCAAACGAAAAGCUUUUGCCGAAGUUAAACCCAACAAUACCGGUUGAUGACUUAUACAAACAACUUUCAUGGUACGAUAGCCCUUCAUAUAACAGUGACAGUGAAGUUUGCUUUGUCAAAAUCCACAUUCAGGACGCUCCAUAUGACACUAUUAUGACAGCUGUAAGUUCAGCUGAUAACGAUGCCACCGUUUUAUUUGGUAACUUUACAGCAGGUCCGAUAGAUUCGUCUGCUGCAAUGAACGGAUCUUCAAGAUUCGCAUGUUUACAAGUCCGUUGUCCGGGAACAUUUACCAACGGCGAUGAGUUCGAAGUACUUGUGAACAUUUCCGUCGAAACAAGAUACAAGCGUUGUCAAAUCAGGGAACAGAGUCAAAGUUUGAUUAAUGUGCACGUGUCAUCAAUUCGUGCUUGUAGUGAUUCUUUCAACAUAGUACUCGAAAACGGCAAGAAAUACGGACCUGCCUAUGGAAUAUAUAUUAACAAUGGGUACCUCGAUAACGCUGUUUACCUGGCAAAAACAACUUGCUACAGCGGUCACAGUUAUGAUUUCGAGCACUUCAAUCCUAGAACUGGAGUGCUAGCAGAAUACAUUUGCUCUUAAAAAUUGGAAUGUGAAGAAACAUGUACAGAAUACAGAGACUCUUGAAAAAAAACUCUAAAUAUACUAAAGUACCAUUUUUUCUUGACAAAGUAUGUUGUUUUUAAUUUCUUUUGGCUAGAUUUAUUUCAGGGAAUGUUACUUUAUCGUUUGCAUCAGGAGAAUACAUUGAUAGUCUGUCAUUUCAAAACAUCACACAUGUAAUGUAUUGAAAUAAACAUUUUUAUCAUCUAACAUUUUGUACGUUUGUCUCUGUAUUUCAUUUACAUAGACGGGCAUUUAACUUAUCAGUUACCAUUAUUUUCACUUUAUAAACAUAUCUACGGAUGUUAACUUUAAUAUUCCAAAUCAUAAAUGCUAUAAAGUUUAUAACAUUGUUUCGGACACUUCUUGAGAACUUAUCUAAUCUGUGUGAAAAUAUUAAAUUUCAAAUAUCCUGUUAAAACGAAAAGAACUUACAGGUUACUAGUAUUUGGUAUCAUUAUCUAAGUAAUAUUAACAACUUAGAAAUCGUAGAAAAAAUAUUUAAAUUCGAGUAUUUUUCAUAAAAGACCAAUUUGAUGUCUUCGUUGAUACAUUUCUACAUUACCCACAAUAACCAUGUAAACAAAUACAUACUUUUAUUGAGAUUAUUUGAAUAAAUGGGUUCAAUCUUGUCUUAGAUUUGCAUAAAUAAUUACGUAAGUUACCGGAAAAACUAAGUAACAAGAUUAAGUUUUUGAAACAUAUAUAACUUUUUCAGAAUAAAUUGAAAUGUCUCGGUUAUACUAAAUAUCGUAAAAUCUUAUUUAUUGGAGCUGCUGUUAGAAAUAAAAGUUCGAACCUAAAAACUAUUCGAUUGCAUUUAAUUGAUAUUAUCAAGGCGGGUUAUGGUCGUUUGACUUACAGUUUGACUUUUGACCGCUGGUCUUCCUUGUAGAUAUUUACUCUAAUUUUUGAUUAUCAGUGGCCAUGCUAUUUCAGUUUCGGGACAUCAUAUUUAUCAAACAUAAGAAUUAUGCAUUGAAUCUUCUUUUUACUAUUUUAAAUAGAGUGAUGAUUUUCCCGUUUUAUGUUGCUUUGGUUGUGAUCACGGUUGGAUAUUAUGGGGGCUGCGUUCUUUAAAGUGUACUUUAUUUCGUUGGUCUUUGGCCUGAUUUUUCAUAAAAAAACACAUACGCAUGAUUUCUUGCAAAAUACAGAUAUUAUUUUCGUGCUUUGUGUCGAUUUUAAAAUUGUUGUAAAUGAUUUUUGUUUUGACCGGUUUGAAAAUUGAAAUUCUAUUCAGAGCUUUUAUAGAACAUAUAUUAUUUUAAAAAAAAUACUUGAUCUUGGGUCAUAUACA